AUCUUUAUAAAAUUGCCUGCGACGUCCUGUCUCGCGCAGCACGUAGUCAGUUUAAACUUUGAAGCGUCACGCUCAAGCUUAUUUCUUCUUUUCCCCCGGUUGUUGGGAGUUUUUAUUUUUGGACAAUCAACCGGUGUCCUCAGCAUUGAGAAUGGACGACAUCCAAGUUGUUGAGUCGAAGCCUCUGCUUGUGGAUAAGGAUUUGCAAGGGCUAAGUGAGGCAGUCCAGAAGCUGGCGAUUAAGGAACAUGAUGUGGAGACUCCACAUGGCAUAGUCCACUGUACCAUGAAGGGAGUUCCUAAGGGUGACCGACCCGUCAUCCUCACCUUCCAUGAUAUUGGGCUGAACCACAAAACCUGCUUCGACUCAUUAUUCAAUCAUGAAGACAUGGCGGAGAUCAUGCAGCACUUUGCUGUGUGCCAUGUGAAUGCACCAGGACAACAUGACGGAGCUAACACCUUCUCUACUGGGUACGAGUACCCUUCCAUGGAUCAGCUGUCUGAGACUCUUCCAUCAAUCCUCAAACAUUUUGGACUGAAGAGUGUCAUCGGCAUGGCUGUUGGAGCAGGAGCUUUUAUCCUUGCUAAGUUUGCUUUGGAUUACCCAGCCAUGGUUGAGGGCCUUGUUCUAAUAAACAUCAACCCUUGUGCUGAAGGCUGGAUGGACUGGGCAGCACACAAAAUUUCUGGAUGGACUCACGCCCUGCCCGACAUGAUCAUCACUCAUCUGUUUGGAAAGGAGGAAAUCCAGCAGAACCAUGACCUCAUUGGCAAAUACCGUCACCACAUUGUAAAUGACAUGAACCAGUUCAACCUGCAGCUCUUCGUCAAGGCUUACAACAGCCGACCAGACCUAGAAAUCGAAAGACCUGUGCCAGGAGGCCACAUCAAUGUCAGAACCCUUAAGUGUCCUGCACUGUUGGUGGUUGGUGACAGUUCGCCUGCAGUGGAUGCAGUGGUUGAGUGCAACACUAAAUUGGACCCGACCAAAACCACACUGCUUAAGAUGGCUGAUUGUGGAGGCUUGCCUCAGGUCGACCAGCCUGGAAAGCUCACAGAGGCCUUCAAGUACUUCAUCCAGGGAAUGGGUUACAUGCCUGCCGCCAGCAUGACCCGCCUGGUUCGUUCGCGCACAGCGUCCGGGUCCAGCGUCACCUCGUUCGACGGCAACCGCAGUCGCUCCCACACCAACGAGGGCCGCGGCCGAGCCCACACCGCCGACAACCAACGCGGACGCUCGCACACCGACACCAUGGACAGUUCUGUGGACCAGGGCCCCAAGUCCACCGAAGUGUCCUGUUAGACCAGCGACCGGCAGUGUCUCUGGUCAGAUAUCACUCAUGCAUUAACUUCUCUGUUCUGACUGUGCUGCGCUGCCACUAACUACACACGCAAUAGGACCGUAAGCCACCGGCUCUAGUGUUUCCUUCAGGGCUCUUACUCCGUUUUAAUAGUCUGAGAGCUUUUUUGCCAAAGUGUCUUGUUUUUAAGACUGUAUUUCCUGGGGAAACACUGAGGAAGGAGUGGAUAGAAUGGAUGCAACAGCUUUUUCUGGUGUUGUUAGAGGCAAUGCAGCACAGAGACGUCGCGAUGGUCAAUAUCCAAAUAAGAUGAGCACUGGAAAUGGAGUUUGUACGUUUAUGUUGAUCUUUAGACCGCAGGUUAUUUUCAUAUACUUGACUGUAGUGUCACUCAACAAAUAACAAUAAAUUGUUCUUUUUGUGUCACAUUAUAUCACAGUUGUACAUGCUAGUUCAAGUGCAUAAUUCAUUUUCUGUAUAUGUUGAAAUGGACCUCAAUGAAUGGACGAGAAGGUAGUAUUUCUAUGACGCUACCAUGUAAAAAAGAUAUUAUAGUUGGUAAUGUGUUGAUUAGCAUUGUCCUUUUUGGAGGUGUCCUAUUGGAUUAUAUAUUUGUAACUCUGUGAUUUAUGGUCUUAAAAGUGAUAUUCUUUCCUUUUAAAUGUGAUUUUUAUGACCAAAUGUAAACAUGUUAAAAAUGAUUAUUAUUCGUUCAAAUUCAGCACAACCAAUCUGUAGAUAAGGAUAUAAGAAUACAAACGAAUGACUGUGCAUGAUAUUUCUGUUGUGUUUUGUGUAUCACAACCAUGAUUUCUAUGCAAUCAAGCACAACUGGACAAAACUUGCCAUGGCAUCCUCUGCUUGGACUGAAUGCUUUUUUCUCAAGGCUUUGAAAGAGUAAAGCAAAGGGAUGCUGGGAAAGAGAAAGCUAAUAUAAAUAACUCGCAUACUCUUCCACGCACACUAAAACAAAUGCUUGCAAGGCUCUGUAAGUCACCUUGCUUUGUAAAGAUGUACAACAACCAAAUGCACUGCAUUUUUAACUGAAUAACAGUUUGUAUUUAUUUUAAAAAGGAAAAUAAAAAGCUGGUUACUUUACUUUUUGGCGGUUAAUUUCAGUGAGUUGAUGUAAUGUGAAGUGUGUUAUACAUUACAAUGACGUAAAACAUAAAGAUGCCAUAUUUUCUGUAAA